GAGAAAGGAGCCAUCUGUUCCUAUAGUGGCAGAUAAAGAGGGGGUGAAGAAGAGGACGGACGCAGAGGAGGAAGAGGAGGAAGUGUUGGAGAAUGACCUCAGAUGGAUUUAUAAGCUAAAGAUUUUAUAUUAAAUAUUUGAGCCAAAAGAAAAUGCUGCCAAGAUGAAGAUGUGGAUUAUCUUUUUGUGUCUGAGCAAUGGAUGGAUGCAAACAUCUUCUACUGCUGAUGUGACCCCCACACCCUCCUCUGCACCUGUGACGCCCACUGAAGACGAGGGCACCAAACUGGUGGAUUGGUUGAUGAAGUAUGGCUACCUCCCACCCUCAGACCCCUCCACUGGGCAGCUGCAGGCCUGGACAGCUGUCACUAACGCUGUGAGGGCCAUGCAGAGGUUUGCAGGCCUCAAAGACACUGGAGUUGUAGAUGAGGAGACAAAUGCGUUGAUGAGGAGUCCACGCUGCUCCCUGCCUGACCAGGAGGACCAAGACAAACCAGCGGCCAACCAAGAGAGAGGCAACAUGAGGAGAAGGAGGAAAAGGGCCCUCUCCAUGUGGACACGCAGGAGCAUUAACUGGAGGUUGCGUUCAUACCCCUCCUCCUCACAUCUGUCCCGGGAGACCAUUCGCUCCCUGGUGUUCUAUGCUCUGAGAGUGUGGGCAGAGCCAACUCCCCUGGAGUUCCAUGAGGUGGGCAGCCCACAGGCAGCAAACCUACAGGUAGACUUCCUCCAUGGUUACCACGGAGAUGGCUAUCCCUUUGACGGGGCAGGAGGUGCAGUCGGCCAUGCUUUCUUCCCAUCAGACGCUGCCCGGGCCGGAGGAGUCCAUCUAGAUGCAGAGGAGGAGUGGGCCUUUAGACAGCCAGCCUCUGAGGGUACCGACCUGUUCACAGUGCUGGUCCAUGAGUUUGGCCAUGCUCUGGGCCUUGCUCACUCCUCGUCUCGCAACUCAGUGAUGAGGCCGUACUACCAGGGGCCUGCCGGAGACCCUCUCCACUACCGCCUGGGAGCUCAAGAUCUGGAGCACAUCACUCAGCUCUAUGGGAAAAGGAACCAGCUGCUGGCCACUGAUGCUCCACGCCUCGCCCCAGACCCUCAGCUUCGCCACAGAGGUCACCACCAUCAUCACAAAUAUGGCCCCUUCAUAGACCGCUGUAACACCAGCUUUGAUGCAGUGGCAAGGAUCCGAGGAGAGACUUUCUUCUUCAAAGGUCUGACUAUGUGGCGAGUCAAUGGUGGGGGCUUGGUAUCGAGUCAAGGGGCCUCAGUCAGGAGGCUGUGGAGGGCUCUACCUCCUGACCUGCCUCAGCUGCAUGCUGUGCUGGAGAGACCCUCAGAUCAUGCCAUCAUCUUUAUCAGUGGUUCUCAGUUCUGGCUGUUCAGAGAUCUGUCGCUCCAGGAGGGCUUCCCUCAGCCCCUCUCCUCCCUCAGGAUGGGGCUGAGCUUGGAUGGAGCAGACAGAGUGGAGGAAGCAGCAGCAGAGAGGUGGGGUCUUGUCUGGGAGCCAGAGGAGGGUCCUGUGUGGGGGAACAUGGCAAACGCUGAGGAAGAGAAGCAAGAAGACGACUGGACUCAGCUCCUCAGAGAGGGAGUGAGUGGCAUCACCACAGACAGCGAGGGUGAGGGCGCCGAUCAUCUCUGA